AUGGCAAGAGGGAAGGAGACCGGCACCUUUGAGUCCCUCCUCUGGGGACUGUCGGAGCAGCCACAGCAGCAGCACAUCCUCUUCCUGCUCUUCCUGUGGAUGUACCUGGUCACGGUGGCUGGGAAUCUGCUCAUUGUCCUGGCCAUCGGUACUGAUGUGCGACUCCACACCCCCACGUACUUCUUCCUCGCCAGCCUGUCCUGUGCCGACAUCCUCUUCACCUCCACCACGGUACCCAAGGCCCUGGUGAACAUCCACACCCAGAGCAGGACCAUCUCCUAUGCAGGAUGCCUGGUGCAGCUCUAUUUCUUCUUGACCUUUGGAGACAUGGACAUCUUCCUCCUGGCCACAAUGGCCUAUGACCGCUUUGUAGCCAUUUGCCACCCUCUCCACUACACAAUGAUCAUGAGCUUCCAGCGCUGCUCACGCUUGGUGGCAGCCUGCUGGACCCUGACAAAUCUUGUGGCCAUGACACACACCUUCCUCAUAUUCCGGCUCUCCUUCUGCUCUAAGAAGGUCAUUCCAGACUUCUUCUGCGACCUGGGACCCCUGAUGAAGAUCGCUUGCUCUGAAACCCGUAUCAAUGAGCUCGUGCUUCUCUUCCUGGGGGGUGCAGUCAUCUUAAUCCCCUUUUUGCUCAUCCUUGUGUCUUAUAUCCGCAUUGUGUCGGCUAUCCUCAGGGUCCCUUCUGCCCAAGGGAGGCGCAAGGCCUUCUCUACCUGUGGGUCCCACCUUGCUGUGGUGACUCUGUUCUUUGGGACAGUGAUAAGGGCUUAUCUGUGUCCCUCCUCAUCCUCCUCUAACUCAGUGGUAGAGGACACAGCAGCUGCUGUCAUGUACACAGUGGUGACCCCCCUGCUG